AUGAACUUAGCUGGUUAUAAGCAAAUGGCAACAACAGUCAUGAUGCACUUGAAGAAAAGGCCUGUUAGUACAAGCGAUAGUGAUAUUGGUUUAGAUGGCGAAUGGGUCGAUCCUCAAGAACAAGCUAAGCCUGAUGCUACAUUGGAUAGAGCAUAUGAAUGCAUUGUGUCUGAAUCACAAUUAAGAGAAUUAGAGUAUCCUUUACCUGAUUUAUUAGAAAACCAGGGAGAGGGGAUGUCUGUCAGUACAGUAGGCACUGUGCAUGAAUGCGAUCGAUGUCAUCAUGAAUAUUUGAUCAAGGCUGUCUUGAGUACAGAAGACAUGGAUGCAUGUGUAUAUCAUCCCAACCGUAUUCGUAUUUUGAAAGUGGAUGGUCUAAAAGAGAAAGUAUAUGGAUGCUGUCAGGAUCCUUUAGGCAGCCCUGGUUGUACAAGAGGGCCUCAUGUCUACAAGGACACUGAUCUCCACAUACUUCAUCAAAAGAUUCCUUAUGUCAAGGCACCUGCUAAAUCCAGCACAAGUAAACGCAUUGUUGCUUUAGAUUGUGAAAUGGGUUAUACAACAGCUGGGAUGGAAUUGAUUCGACUAACCGCAGUAGAUGAAAAGAUGAGUGUCUUGAUUGAUGAGCUUGUGCUUCCCUCAAGCAUGGUGAUUGAUUUGAAUACACACUACAGUGGUGUCAAGACAUUGGAAGGUGUCAAACAUGAUUUAGACAGUUUAAGAAAUGAACUGUUCAAGUAUGUAGAUCAAAACACAAUCAUUGUAGGACAUGGUUUAGAAAAUGAUAUGAAUGCAUUAAGAAUAAUACAUACAAAUAUCAUUGAUACAGUGGCAUUAUUUCCACACAAGAAUGGCUUACCUUAUAGAAACAGUCUUCGUAGUUUAUCAUCAACUCAUUUAAAGAAGUUUAUCCAAACUGGUAGUGAAGGACACGAUUCAUUAGAAGAUGCAAGUAUUUGUAUUGAAUUAUUACAGCAUUACAUUAAGCAUGUCAUUGAUAAAAAGAUCAAGGUAUAA